AUGAUAUUUCCAUCACGCGGCCUCUCCGUCGUAGCAGCGCGCGAUCUAGUCGAGGGAGAACCGCUCUUCUCCCUCCCCCCCUCCGCCUUCAUCUCCCCAGAACAACCUAUCACUCUCCCCUACCCGUACCCCCUCACGCCCGACGUCUCGCCUCUCUCCGGGUGGACGGCCUUCUCCAUCCUGGCGGCGUGGAUUCUGAGGGAGAAGCGCAAGGUGGAGAGCAGUGAGGGGUCGCAGUGGGGCGUGUAUGUGCGCUCGCUGCCUGAGUACGUGCCGCUGCCGGUGUUUUUUCCAGACGAUUUGAUUCAGGAGUUUGAAGUGCAGAGCAUGAUCGACCAUGCCUUCUCCUACCGAGAAACGUUCAAGUCAGAGUACGAGCGGUGUGACAAGGCAGCUAUCGCCAAUGCGGGUGAGGAGGAGUUCAUGUGGGCCGUGGCUGUCGUGUCCUCCCGGGCCUUCAGCAAAACAGCCAGCAGUAGUGCAGGCAACAACACUGGAAACAGCAGCACCUGCAGCCAUGGUAACAGCAGCGAAGACAACAGCAGUGACACCAACAGUAAUAGCGGCGAUGACAGCGGGAGCAGCAGCAGCAGCAGUGGUGGUGGCAAGAGCUGCAGCAGCGGUAGCAGCAGCAGCGGGUCCAGUGAGGCACAGUAUGUGACGGCGCUGUUCCCCUUGGCAGAGCUGUUUGACCACCACGCUGCCAACACCAUGGGCUGGCAGACGGACGAGCAGACCGACACCAUCGUCGUUCGGAGCUACGCCGCCCUGCCAGCUGGCGGCCAGCUGUACAACAGCUACGGGACAAAAAGCACCGACAUGUUCCUGCAGGUGUACGGCUUCGUGCCGGCCGACAACCCGCACGACUCGUUCCAACUCACCGCCUCCGAAGCUGACCUGGCAGAGAUAUACUAUAAGCACUAUGCGAACGUGACUAUAAAGGAGGGGAGAAAGGGCAUGUUCGACCUGUGGGCGGAGUAUCUGCUAAGGAGGACGAGCGAGGAUGUGAGGGCAGCGAAAGAGAAGGUGGAGGAGGAGGUGGGGGUGAUUGGCGGGCCAAAAGCAGAUGUGUUUGGGGAGGGCAGUGCGCAUGCGGUGUGGGCAGGAGGGCAGGUGGACCCGCGCAUGCUCCUCUUCCUCGCGUCGCUGUGGCACGUGUUUGGCUACGGGGAAGGUUUGGCCCAAGCCUCAGUGUGGUUCGGCUGGCACAUCUACAGUGGAACAUGCGCUGACAUGGCCCAAUCCAUAGGCCUGACCGACCACGAGCUCACGAGCCUCCUCGCCGCAGCUGAUCUGGUUCGGGAUGAGGUUCGGCAGGCCCUGGCGAGCUGCUCCACGCCUAUCGACGAGGAUCGGCGACGCCUGAAGCAGCUGGAGAAGUGCUGGUGGGUGGAUGGGAAGAUCGAGAAGGAAGAUGGAACGGAGGAAGAGGAAAGAGAGGAAGUGGGAGAAGGCGAGGAAGGGGAAGAGGAGGUGUGCACAAAGGACGUGGUUCAAUCACUCAUGGAAAGGGAGCUGGUGCUACAGUACCGUAUUGCAAAGAAGAAGUUGCUGCAUGAAGUUUACGAUCGGCUAGAGGAGGGGUGCUCGUCUCUCUUGCAGUCAGAGUCUCCAGAAUCUAAUUCCGCAGAGGCGGCAUCAGAAGGGUUGAAGGGAUUGUUACCAGAGCUGACUGUGUCGGCUCCACAUUUGCCUGCAGAGCAGCAUGACGAGCUUUAG